AUGACGACGACAGGGGGAAUCUCCGCCCUCCGUAGUGUCAGCCUCACCCUCCGUCUCUCCCAUCUAUCUUCUUCUCCUUUCCACCGCUUUGAUCGCCGCUUUAUUCGCUCCUUCAACCGCCGCGCAGCCGCGACGGCCGGCGUGUUAGCGCCAUCCGCGGAUGCUGCUGCUGUUACGAGAUUAGUAACAGUUGUCAAUGGCGGUGCCGCCAGCACAAACGCGCUAACCGCAGCUGCUGAACAAAUCUCGGCUCGGUCGCUAUCCGUCGCAGCCCAGGCCUCUUUAAUCGCCUCCGUCGCACUCCUUGUCAGCAGCUCGCCCGCGCUAGCCGCCGAAAACGUGGCAGCCGACGUGGCAAGCGCUCCGUUUCCGCAGGAAAUUCGACCUUCAAGCGGCGCGUCGAGGCAGCAAAACGGCAUCCAGUCUCUCGCGCGAGUCACGGCUUCUCAACUGCGGACAGCACCGCUCUUAACGGUUACAUCCACUGACGUCGUAGGAACGGCAGAAACAGCGGAACCGGCAGACACGGCGGCAGCGGAGGCAGCGGAGGCGGCGGAAGUUCCCAAGGUGCUGGACGGAGCGCGUCUGCUUACCGAGAGCCAGCGCGGCGCGAUGCUGCGACAGCUGUCGGAUCUGGAGUCUCGCGACGGGUGGCGGAUUCGCGUGGCGACGCGGUACGGGGUGGAGAGUGGUUUAAAUGGCAAACAGAUUCGCGACUUGUGGCAGCCGUCGGAUCAGACGGUGAUCGUGGUGGCUGACGUGGCAUCACCCAACAUCCUCAGCUUUAGCAUUGGAGAGGCUGUGCGGUCCAAGCUGCCCUACCAGUUCUUCACAGAGCUGCAAUCCAGGUACGGCAAUCAGUUCUUCGUCCGGCAAGAGGGCGAAUCCGAAGCACUCACUCGCUCCGUGGAUGCCAUCCGAACCUGCCUUGCCGAGCCUAACGGCUGCCUCAAGGUCCCAGGCCUGGUAGACGACCUCUACUUCCUCACGCUCGGCGUGUCCAUAGCUGCAGGCGCAGUAUUUGGCUUUUCUGCGCGACUGCCGCCCCAAGGCCAAGUGGAAGCUUCCUGGCAAUGGGUGGCGAUUUUCUCGCCUCUCUGGCUGUUUUUGCUGCUGGCAUUUGGGGUGUUCCCUGUGGUCGACCGGACAGCCGAUCUUGAACCGUUGAUUAAGAAUCUGUUAGGGUUUGCAGGGAGUGCAGGAGCAGUGUACAUGACACCGAUACUGGGGGAGAGCCCUGUUGCUAGGCUAGGGAAGACCCAAAAGGAAGAUGGGGAAGUUUGA